UAUUGCUAAACAGUUUAUUGCUGGUGCAUCGGAUAAAGACGAAAGGUUUAGAGCUGUACUAUACGAAAUCACUGUCGACUGUUCUUUGAAAGAUCUGGUCUUUGUUGAUAUUGAGAAAUAUCUGGGUAAACAAGGCGAAAGAGAAAUUUUAUUCAAUAUUAAUUCUGUAUUUAAGAUUGAACAGGUUUACCAGGAUGGCGAUCAAGAAGGACCAAAUGGUGUAUGGAUAAUAAAAAUGAAGGCAACAGAUGAAGGUACAGUAGAAAUAAAAAAACAGUUAGAAUUAAUACGAAAGAAAUUUGAAACAUGUAGUAGUAUGAAUAAUACGUUAUUUGGACGUCUUCUAUUAGAUAUGGGUUAUUAUACCAAAGCUGAGUCCUACUUUCAAAUGAUGUUAAAUGUAUUACCUAAAAAACAUAAAGAUCGAGCAUCGGUUUACGAUCAUAUUGGCGAUCUGCAUAUGCAUACAACAAGUUGGAAUGAAGCAUUUAAAUGCUUCUCGCAGGCUUAUGAAAUAAAAAUGAAAUCUUGUCAUCAUAGAUAUCUAGGUGAAACAUUAAAUAACAUUGGAAAUUAUUAUAAAGCGAUAGGAUACUUUGAUAUGGCAUGCAGUUUUUAUGAAAAAGCAUUAAAUUGCGAAAGCAUUGAUGAAAAUAAUAACUGUAUAAUUCAACUUAAUUUAUGUAGUAUUUACCUAAAACAGAAACAAUAUAAUCAAGCACUUGAUCUGUGUCUUAAAGCUCGUGAUAAACUUCAACAGGUACAACCAUCACUCUAUACAGAAAUUAUUUAUUGUCAUGGUAUAAUUGGCGAUAUCUAUUUUAAUCAACAGGAGUAUGCUACAGCUGAAUCAUUUUAUUUUACGGCAUUUAAAAUGAGUAAAAUACAUUUAGUAAUUGGCGAUCGUCUACGGACAAAAUGUAUUGAGGCAUUGAUUGAUCUCUAUGAAAAACAAGAUCAGAGACAACGUGCUAUUGAUUUUUGUCGUGAACAGUUGUCUUUCCAUGAGAAAUAUUUAUUAGUAGACAAUAGUCAUCAUCAUACUGCUAUUAUUGCACAUUUAUUACUAAAAUUACAUGAACUUUGUGCGAACGAUGAAAGUAAGAAAUUAAGUUACUGUGAGAAGGCAUUGAAGAUUUCAGUAGAAAAUAUUUGUGUAGAAUAUGAAUUAAUUACAAAAUGUUUAAUGUUAAUGGGACAUUAUUACAAAGAUAGUCAAGUAAAAGACAAAGCUCGUAGUCAUUACUUGAGUGCUAAGGAAAUACAAAUGAAAAUUUAUCCACCAGAACAUCCAAUUCACACUCAAACACAAGAACUAAUUGAUUCUGUUCAACACUAA